CGGUUAGACAGCUUCUGGAGCUCUCUUAAACAACCAAAAGGAAUGUAACAAACAAGGUUGCUUCUGAAUUCAUUAUAUGGACGUUUUCCAUCCUUAUGGUAUUGAUUUAACAUGCUCUGGAAUCAUGAUGGUUGUGAAGUCCCUGGCUGGCAGUGGAGAAUUCAUGUUUGGUGUGGCAGAAAGCUGGUGUAAAUGACUGCUGCUGCCUCCCAGAGCAAGAUAACCUGCUCAGUCAGCUGGAGCCCCCUGCGGACAGCUGUCUCGCUUUUAGCUGAUGGAAAACUGCUAUAACCGCUGAAUGGAAGAGCGUGGAGCAGCGACCAUACCAGCACGAGGAGCUGCUGCUGCGGCAGCCAGAGCCAGCGAGGACUCUAUUGUUCCCUGGUGUUAAACAGUUUUUCCUUUCCAACUGCCAUGCACAACGGCGGGAGAGAGGUUUGCAGUCCCUUUCUCCCCGUGAAGAGAUUCUGAAGAAGGGAGGAUCGUCUGAGAAAGGUUUCGCGGUGGUGCUGCGGGUUUUGGACGCAGCAGCAGGCUGCUGGAGGCAUGGGGCUGAGCGAGGGGAGCGCUUCUCUCUGCCGUGGUCCAGGGGUUUGUGCCGUGCCCGCUCGGUGCGUGGGAGUUCUCGUGCUUCUGCUGCUGCUGGCAAUCUGGGACGCUCGUGCACAAAGUGAAUUUCAAACUUCAUCCGUGUAUUUGUGGAAGACUGGUCCAUGGGGGAGAUGCAUGGGAGAUGAAUGCGGCCCAGGAGGCAUCCAGACGCGAGCGGUGUGGUGUGCCCACGUGGAGGGCUGGACCACGCUGCCCACGAACUGCAAGCAGCCCGAGCGGCCGGACAACCAGCAGAGCUGUUUCCGUGUCUGUGACUGGCACAAGGAGCUGUACGACUGGCAGAUCGGCAGCUGGAACCAGUGCCGGCCUGUCCUCUCCCGCAGCCACGAGAAGCCCCUGGAGUGCCUCCGAGGGGAGGAAGGGAUCCAGACAAGGGACAUCACCUGUAUACAGAAGUCCAACGGGGUUCCAGCUGAAGAUGUCAUCUGUGAGUAUUUUGAGCCAAAGCCCCGGCAGGAGCAGGCGUGCCUCAUCCCGUGCCGGCAGGACUGCAUCGUGGCCGAGUUCUCACCCUGGUCCGAGUGCUCCAAGACCUGCGGCAAUGGGCUCCAGCAUCGGACGCGGCACGUGGUGGCUCCGCCGCAGUUCGGCGGGUCAGCUUGCCCCAACCUCACAGAAUUCCAGAUGUGCCAGUCCAGCCCAUGCACUGUAGAAGAAAGCCUGUACAGCCUAAACGUGGGACCAUGGAGCGCAUGCUCGGUGCCCCAUUCGAGACAAAUAAGGCAAGCGAGGAAACGAGGGAAGAACAAAGACAAGGAAAAGGAGAGAGAAAAGGCAGUUCGAGAUCCUGAGGCUCGCGAGUUAAUUAAGAAGAAGAGGAAUCGUAACAGACAGAAUAGACAGGAGAACAAAUACUGGGACAUACAAAUUGGGUACCAAACAAGGCAGGUCACGUGUACUCACAGAAAUGGGAAAACUGCUGCUCUGAGCUUCUGCAAUCAGGAGAAGCUGCCCAUCACAUUUCAGUCCUGUGUGAUCACAAAGGAGUGCCAGGUGUCAGAGUGGUCAGAAUGGACCCCCUGCUCCAAAACCUGCUUUGACAUGACAACCCCUAAAGGGAACCGGACCAGAUCACGGACCAUUAAGCAGCUCCCUGUUGGCAGUGAGAGCGAAUGCCCGCAAUUAGAAGAAGCAGAGCAGUGUGUUUCUCAAGGAGACGGCGUAGCACCCUGCAUUACGUACGGCUGGCGCACCACGGAGUGGACAGAAUGCCGCGUGGAUCCUCUCCUUAGCCAGCAGGACAAGAGGCGAGGAAACCAGACAGCGCUGUGCGGAGGUGGAGUUCAAACCAGGGAGGUGUACUGUGUGCAGGCUAACGAAAAUCUCCUCUCCUACCUAAACACCCUCAAGGAUAAAGAAGAAAGUCAGUCACAGAGCAAGUCGAAGGCUAGUGCUGCACCUCUGCUAUCAAUCACUUUUGAAAUAACAGCUUCAAGACCAGUAGACCGUAAACUGUGUACAGGACCUCUUCCCAGCACCUCCCAGCUGUGCCACGUUCCCUGUCCUACGGAGUGCGAGACCUCGGCAUGGUCAGCCUGGGGACCAUGCACCUAUGAAAGCUGUGAUGACCCUCAGGCCAAGAAGGGCUUUAAACUAAGGAAACGUCGCAUCACCAAUGAGCCUACAGGAGGAACAGGAAAUUGCCCUCACCUUUUGGAAGCCAUCCCAUGUGAAGAGCCCUCUUGCUAUGACUGGAGAAUCACAGGGCUGGAGGAAUGCAUUCCUGACAAUGAGAAGCCAUGUGGCCCUGGUACACAGGUUCCUGCUGUCGUCUGUGUCAACAGCGAUGGAGAAGAGGUUGACAGGCAGCUGUGCAGAGAUGCCAUCUACCCCAUCCCGGUGGUGUGCGAAGCGCCGUGCCCGAAGGACUGCGUGCUCAGCGUGUGGUCUGCCUGGUCCUCCUGCUCGCACACCUGCUCCGGCAAAACCACAGAAGGGAAGCAGAUGCGCUCCCGCUCCAUCCUGGCCUAUGCAGGGGAAGGAGGAACACAGUGCCCGAACAGUAGUGCCCUCCAGGAAACGCGCAGCUGUAAUGAGCACUCUUGCACUGUGUAUCAUUGGCAGACUGGCCCGUGGGGACAGUGCAUAGAGGACACGUCUGUCUCUGCUUUCAACUCCUCUGCCAGCUGGAACGGGGAGGCCACCUGUUCCGUGGGGAUGCAGACAAGAAAGGUCAUCUGUGUGAGAGUCAACGUGGGACAAGUAGGCCCAAAAAAAUGCCCUGAAAGCCUUCGACCUGAAACUGUGAGACCUUGUCUGCUUCCCUGUAGGAAGGACUGCAUUGUGACUCCAUUCAGUGACUGGACACCGUGUCCUUCCUCAUGUCAAGAAGGGGGUGUCACAGUCAGGAAGCAGUCCCGUCACCGAGUCAUCAUCCAGCUCCCUGCCAAUGGUGGUCGGGAGUGCCCAGACUCUUUGUUAGAGGAAAGGGAAUGUGAAGCUUCUCCUGUCUGUCAUAACUACAGGUGGAAGACACACAAAUGGCGCAGGUGCCAGCUGGUACCAUGGUACGUGCGCCAAGACAGUCCGGGAGCACAGGAGACUUGUGGACCUGGGCUACAAGCAAGAGCAAUUACUUGUCGCAGACAAGAUGGAGGACAAGCUGACAUCAGUGAGUGCCUUAAAUACUCUGGCCCAUUACCACCCUUAACACAGAUGUGCCAGAUUCCCUGCCAAGACGACUGUCAGUUUACGAACUGGUCAAAAUUUUCUCCCUGUAAUGGGGACUGUGGAGGAGUCAGGACAAGAAAACGCACUCUUGUUGGAAAAAGUAAGAAAAAGGACAAAUGUAGAAAUUCUCAGUUGUAUCCUCUGAUUGAGAAUCAGUUUUGCCCGUGUGACAAGUACAGCGCUCAGCCUGUGGGCAAUUGGUCAGACUGUAUUUUACCAGAGGGUAAGAUGGAAGUGCUGCUGGGAAUGAAGGUACAAGGAGACGUUAAGGAAUGUGGACAAGGCUACCGUUACCAGGCCAUGGCAUGCUAUGACCAAAACAAUCGACUCGUGGAAACUUCGCGAUGCAACAGUCACGGGUAUAUUGAGGAAGCCUGUAUUAUUCCAUGUCCCUCAGACUGCAAGCUCAGUGAGUGGUCCAACUGGUCUCGCUGUAGUAAAUCCUGUGGGAGUGGGGUAAAGGUUCGGUCUAAAUGGCUUCGUGAAAAGCCCUACAAUGGUGGAAGACCUUGUCCAAAGCUAGAUCACAUCAACCAGGCACAGGUGUAUGAGGUAGUCCCCUGCCACAGCGACUGCAGCCAGUACAUAUGGGUAACUGAGCCCUGGAGUGUCUGCAAGGUGACCAACGUGGACUUAAAAGAGAAUUGUGGAGAAGGUGUUCAAACAAGGAAAGUCAGGUGCAUGCUAAACACUGUGGAUGGUCCUUCUGACACAGUAGAAGACUAUCUGUGUGAUCCCGAAGAUAUGCCACUUGGUGCUAGAAAAUGCACGUUGCCAUGUCCUGAGGACUGUGUUAUGUCUGAAUGGGGAUCGUGGUCUCAGUGCUCUUUGCCAUGCAAUGGAAGUAGUGUCCGUGAAAGGGCAGCUGAAUGCCUAAGACAACCAGAUGAUGGAAAGCCCUGUCCUGCUGCCACUGAGGCAGAAGCCUGCACUUUGAACAAGAACUGCUACCACUAUGACUACAAUGUGACAGACUGGAGCACGUGUCAGCUCAGCGAGAAGGCUGUCUGUGGCAGUGGCAUCAAAACGCGGAUGCUCGAUUGCGUUCGCAGUGAUGGCAAAUCAGUUGACCUGAAAUACUGUGAAGAGCUUGGUUUAGAAAAGACAUGGCAAAUGAAUAUGUCCUGCGUGGUGGAAUGUCCUGUGAACUGUCAGCUCUCUGACUGGUCCACUUGGUCAGAGUGCUCCCAAACAUGUGGCCUUACAGGAAAAAUGAUCAGAAGAAGGACCAUAAAUCAGCCAUUUCAGGGUGAUGGGAGACCUUGUCCUUCUCAGAUGGAGCAAUUCAAACCCUGUCCAGUAAAACCUUGUUAUCGUUGGCAAUAUGGCCAAUGGUCUACAUGCAAAGUAGAGGACGCUCAAUGUGGAGAGGGAACACGAGUGAGGAACAUCUCCUGUGUGGUUUAUGAUGGAUCCAUUGAAGAUGUUGGCAAAGUAGUAGAUGAGGAAUUCUGUGGAGAUAUAGAGCCUGUUAUAGAUGGCGAUAAGAAGAUAAUACUCGAGGAAACCUGCACUUUCCCUUGUCCAGGGGACUGUUACUUGAGAGAGUGGUCAGAAUGGAGCCUUUGCCAGCUAACCUGUUUUAAUGGUGAGGAUCUUGGGUUUGGAGGAGUACAAGUCCGAUCUAGAGCAGUGAUCAUCCAGGACUUAGAGAAUCAACAUCUUUGUCCAGAACAGGCUUUGGAAACAAGACCAUGCAAUGAUGGGCAAUGCUACGAGUACAAGUGGAUGGCUAGUCCGUGGAAGGGAUCCUCUCGGACUGUGUGGUGCCAAAGGUCAGAUGGUUUAAACGUCACAGGGGGCUGUUUAGUGAUGCGCCAACCAGAUGAUGACAGGUCAUGUAACCCACCGUGCAGCCAACCCCACGCUUACUGCAGUGAGACUAGGACUUGCAGUUGUGAAGACGGAUACACUGAAGUCAUGUCCUCCGAUGGCACACUUGAGCAGUGCACUCUCAUCCCAGUGGUGGUCAUCCCCACCAUGGAGGACAAAAAGGCAGAUGUGAAAACCAGUCGAGCUGUGAACCCUACCCAGCCUUCCAGUAACCAGACAGGACGGGGAAGGACCUGGUUUCUGCAGCCUUUUGGGCCAGAUGGGAGGCUGAAGACCUGGGUUUAUGGUGUAGCUGCUGGUGCAUUUGUUUUACUCAUCUUUAUUGUUUCUAUGAUCUAUCUAGCCUGCAAAAAGCCAAAGAAGCCCCAGAGAAGGCAGAACAACCGACUGAAACCUUUAACCUUGGCUUAUGAUGGAGACGCAGACAUGUAAACUAUGACUUCUCAUGGUGACAAAUGGAGUCUAAACUAUGGGAAUGAAAUCAGAAGUGUCCAAAGCCACAGGGAUUUUCUAUGGAGUGGAUUAAGUGUUUUGAAUUUUCUUUUUUGUAACUGCACCAUAGAUAAAGAAGGAUGGAUUUCAUAAUGCCUACUGAUAUUAAAGGUAUUAUUGCUUUACUUUAGACCAUCAGCACCGAGAAAUCAGGCAGAAUCACAUUAAUAGACACUGCAGUUGGAGAUUUGUGGUGUUUCCUCAGUCUUAGAACUGAGCACCACUUCUGCCUCCGGAAUACUGUAUCUGACAUAGUAUUAACACUUGGAAGCCCCUGCAUCAUUAACCACAUAUAAUCAGUACGCACGAGGAGUUUGUACCAAGCUGUCUAUGACUCUUUAUAUUCAAAUGUAACAUGUAUACUCGGUUGAACCAUAUGUAUUACUCUAUCAGAUUAUAUACGUGAUGAAGAGCAUUUUAGUGCUUAGUACAAUAUUAACUUUUAACUGGGAUUAACACACUAAGCAAGUUCAACAGUUUGCCAGUUGAUGAUAACUUGUGUUAACCUGUGUUUCAGAGGGCAAUGACUCACUUGCAAAAUUCUGUCCUGUUACCACUCCAAAUUAUAAAGGCCUCAUGUGUACAUCCAGAGAGGAGGCAUUCUCAGAUUCACUAUUUUCUAGUGGUUGGUGUCUGGAAAAAAUACCUGCUGUAAAUGUUACAAUACGUUUCUACUUUCUCUAACUCAGACUGUUGCCUGCAUCUUUUUUGCUACAUGUAAGGCAAAUUUUUGCACUAUAUUAGUGCAGCAUGAUAUGCACUUAACUAGUAUUGCCAUAGAAACUGCCUCUUUUCAGAAAGGAUAAUGAUGUGUCUUGUGCAAGGAGUGUCAAGUAGACAGGUCUUGAAUCCUGAAGAGAGUAGUGUUCAGUUUGGACUGCGACGGGAUGGAAUCAGCUACGACGUUUGCUGUACACACACCCUCAUCACAGCAGCCACUUGUACUCUACACCAUGGCAGUAAUACAAGUGUCUAGUUUCUUGACCCACCUACCUAUACUGGUAUAGAUUGUCCUGCUGGUUUCUAAUUGUACUUUGAAGGCUGUUUAUGACUAGAUUUUUUAUAUUUGUUAACUUUGUUAGAAAAAAAAAGAAAAGAAAAAGAAAAGUGGUUGCCCUGUAAUCCUGAGUGACAUACUUCUUGUCUAAAAAGGUGUUUGGAUUGUUCAACUAAAAUAAAAUGAUUUUACUUUUCUUCUGUUAAUGAGAGCUCUUUCACUGUUUCUGGCAGUGCAAUACUCAGAGACGUUUUGUCUUUUCUAAUUAGGAUAAUUCAAUAGACUCUUUUAAUUAUUCAGUUAAACUCCUGAGUGUACUGGCAAAUAAACAAGGUCAAUAGUUCUGCCAUUUUAGUACUCAUGACUUUUUUAAAAACUCUGGAAGUAUGAAAACUCACUGUUAACCUCUUCCAUGCUUAUGGCUUUUCGGUGUUAGGCUUCCAGCAUGAAGCUCAUUGACUUGCCACUCAUGUGACAUGGCUGUUACGGAUGGGCUCCAUGACCUGGGAAGGGUUUUUCUCCUCAAAUGGCUUCUGUGUGCAGCCGGAACGUACAAGUGACUGUGCCACUACUAAGCAAUACAAAACUUUAUCAGGCAACCUCUCAAAAAGAUUUGUUACAUGAAGUUCAAUAUUAGGUUCUCAGGUCUUUUUUAUAACCUAAACCACUUCUGCCUACUCAUCACUCUAUUUACUCAAGAAGCACCAGUUUUUGCACACUGAAUGAAACUAGCUUUGCAAACUUUGGCCCAGAUCCACUGAAAUCAAUGACAAGGCUCUCAUGGACAUCAAUGGGUAAUAUCAGUUCUUGAAAAUAGACACCUUCAUUCUAUGUAGAAUAAUUCUUGAAACCAGUGAGCAUUUUGUGGAUAUUCAAGAGAGAUUAUGGUCCUACUUUACUUAGCUGCCAUAUUACCAGUGUGGUGUUACUGCAUCAAGAAAAUUACCUUAAUCCCACUGUGUAGGUAUUCCCCAAGUGGGAAUGAUGAGCAGAGGAACAAUGGUAACCAUCUUUGGUGCAGGUUUAAUUUCUCAUUUUAUACCUUGAUCCAGCUGCAGCUGAUGAAGUUUCAUGGCCCCCUGCCACAGCAGUGGUUCAUGCAUAUAUGUGUUUCAGUACUGGAGUAUUCAGUCUUACAUCACUUUGUAGAGAUCCAUUGCAAAAAUACAAAUCUUGAUAAUUUUAAUUUUCAGCAUUCUUGAGUAGAAAACAAGAAAUAUCUGGUUGGUUCCUCUUUUGUCAGACACAAAAAAAAAAAAAAAAAAACAUGGAAAAACUAUAAAGUGUUAAAGAACAAUAAUUACACAUGGAGACAGAUUUUAAUAAUCAUUUCUGUUUUUUAAAAAGUCUGAUUCUGUGUUGUCGAAUAGUUUUGGACCAAGAGGGCAUUGAGGGAACAGGGUUUCUUUCAUUGGCAAUGAGUCAUCUUUAUUUAUGACACUGGCUGGUCUUAGCAGGACCUGUUGCCUAGCUCUUGCCUUGAAGAAUUUUAUGUCCUAAAUCUAAGCAUUUAAUAACUUGAAGUUAAAGGUAUGACAUCUCCUUUUCCUUACCACAUUAAAUGGAUAAACAGAGAGAUAGGAGGGUUUUUAAAGUAUGUUUGGCCUUCGCAAUCCAUGCAAGUAUUUUAGUAUGUGUUACAUUUUAUAUCUGAUCAGUGAAUAUCUGGUGCACAUCUGCGUCAUACUAGUGCUGCAUUUAAAAUCUAGAGUGCAUUUUUAUUAUUAUUUUUUCUAUUAACAAAGUGCAUGGAAAUUUGAAGCCAGAGUGGCUUCCCUCAUUAUCAAGAAAAAAAAUACUAGGCUGUAAGGAAAGCUGAAAUUUUAUGUAAAUCUAAGUGUUGCAAAGGUGAUUAAGCCCUCUAGCAUUGAAACAGAAGUAAAUAAUAUGUGAAUUAUCAAUAUAGAAUGAAAAGCAAUUUGCUUUAAAAAUCAGAGUGCUUCUACAAAUCCAGUGCCUAAAGCAGCCACAACUGUAGAUUAUUAGUUUGUGAAAGUCAUGUUUCCAGUGAUCGAAUAAACCAUUCAGAAAAUAGCAAAGUAGAUAUUUUCCUGUUGAUGUGGUGGUUUAUAUUUUCCUUUUUAAAACUGUAGUUUCUAGUUUACUGUGUCUGCUUUGAGUCCUGGAGCAGUUCCUUUUUGAAGCUUUAUGCAAGUGCACAAGCCUGUUUAUAUUUGGUACAAAGCAUCAAUUUUGAAACCCUCUUCCUCCUGCCAAAAUGUAAGAAAUUUUUUUUUCCAGUCUUACGAUUUGAAGAGAGCAAUUUAAAAACUCUAUGUAUAAAUCACUGUAAAAUAUACCUUGAAUUAAAUGGAAAUCUGUCUUUUUACCUUUAUGUAAAUUGUUCAGAGUUAAGAGUUUAUUUUGCCUAACUUAAUUUACUUGAAUAUUUAUUUUGUAGAAUGAGGAGGCAGCUGUCUGAGGAAUGUUUACCUUUUUUUUUUUUUGUUAAUGUUAAUUUGUAAAUUGUGUAAUGCAUUUUUAUUUUUUAAAUUAUGUACAUUUCUUUUUUAAUGCACAAAAUGUUUACGUACAACUACUACUGCAAAUUUGUGUAUAUUGUCACUAAGCUUUAUUCAGUUAAUACAGAUGAUGUGAAAAUGUAACAAGUCUUACAUUUUCAUCUGGGUUAUUUUUACAUAACUGAUGUAUUGCUGACAAUAAAUAAAAACACAAAAUCAUUUAAUGUCUUUUUUUUAAUAAAUGUAGUAUACUAUGCUGGGAUAGA